AAGUGUAAAAUGAAUAAAACCCCUGACAGAACGAGACAUGGACUACUGGUGCUCCAAAUUGCCAAGAAUGUUCAUGCACCUAUGGAGACACAUUUUGCAAGCCAGAACAAUGUGAAUUUACACCUGAAAGCUGUGACAUAAACACUCAAACUUACGUCAAAUACAAUUCAAACUCCUGCUGUGGUUCUUGUCAAUGUAAUUGUCCAAUUGGUAGCAAAUUAUGCAGUUCUGAUCCUUGCCAAUGUAUUGCAAGUAACCGAUGGUGUGAUGGCAUUAAUGAUUGCAAUGGAUAUGAUGAAAUAAAUUGUAAUUUUACAACACCAAAACCAACAACAGCCUAUACAACAAUUUCUGCAACGGAAAUAUCUGGUAGAAACCUCCCCCUUGUACCUAAGUUGCCAACAAUUUGCAAUUACAAAGGAAAAUAUUAUUUAGGCGACCAAGAUAUGACAGAUUCAGAUAAAUGUACUAAAUGUGUGUGUCAAGAAGGAGGUAUUAUGGUCUGCAACUCUAACAAUUGCUCUUCAGAAUGUACAUUGUAUAUUGGGGAUAAAAUUAAAACAUAUGAUGGAUAUGUUUAUAACUAUCCUACUUGUAACCAUGUCUUAACAGAAGAUUGCGUUGGGGGGACAUUCAAGGUUGUAGUUUCUACAGAUUGUCCACCUGGCCAAAAUGAAUACAACUACAGAGUUUGCAAACGAACUGUUAUGGUGACCACCAGCGAAAAAACUGUAAAAUUGCAAAACUCAUGCUCCGCAAUUAUAGACGGAAACACUUACGAUUGUGGAGCCUUUAAAACUUUAUCACAUGAGGCAAAUAAAAUGCACAAAACACAUGGUUUUACUAUUUCCUCAGUUGGGAAUGAAAUAAUUGUGGAAAGUAAAGAAUUUGUUGUUUUGUGGAGACCGAGAACCCAGCAAGUGCGUGUGGUGGUUAAACCGAGUACUCGGGGUAAACUGUGCGGUUUAUGUGGCAGCAACAACAACACAAACAACAAACUAAUAAAACGUGACAAAAAUAUUUCCAACAAUGUACAAGAAUUUGGAAACUCUUGGGCUGUGUCGGGAAAACAAUGUAAUAUUUCAAAAUGUGAAAAUGAAACGUAUAAUAUUUGUACACAAAUAGGGUCCAUUUUCCCCAAAUGUCAUGAUUCUUUUUCGACACAAAAAUACAUGGAAACUUGUUUGGAUUUAAUGUGUCAGUGUAAUAAGAGUAGCGUGUUACGAGACUGUGAGUGUAUGGCAAUGUCAGAAUACAUAUCUACAUGCCACAGGAACGCUGGUGUGGCGCAUUAUGAAAACUGGAGAUAUAGCCAAGGAUGUGGAUGCGAGUGUAAACCACCAAAAAUUUGCAAGGAAUGUGCCAGUGGUUGUCCUAAAACGUGCUCCAAUAUUAUGCAGUAUGCUAACACACAAGACAGAGAACACCAGUGUACUAAACCAUGUAUCAGUGGUUGUUUCUGCCCAGAUGACAUGGUUUUGGAUGGUUUAAAAUGUGUGAAGCCUCAAGAUUGUGAACAAUGUAAAUGCCAGGGUUAUGGUUCCACACACUUUACCACAUUUGACAAACAGUCUUACACUUUUGAGGGGAAUUGUACUUACAUACUGUCUCGUUCUAAACCUCACAUACACCCAAAAUAUGAAAUUCUUGCUGAUAUAACCAAUUGUGGUCAACCAGCAGCUAAAUGCUUAAAAUCCAUUACUGUGAGGUUAAACUCAACGUAUGAAAUUAAACUCAUGAAAAAUUUGAAGGUUUCUGUAAAUGGAAUUACAACUAUUGCUCCUGUUGACAUUUCAAGUGACAUACAAGUUACAAUAAAAAGUCAAGAGACAUUACAGCUUGUCAUAAAAAGUGUCAAUAUUAUCGUCACUUAUACCUAUUUGGACAACAGUUUUACAAUUAAAGUUCCAGUCACACGAUAUCAUAACAAAACGGAGGGGCUGUGCGGUAACUGUAACGAACAUCCAAAUGAUGAUCUAACUGAACCAGACGGUACAAUUACCAACAACAUAAAUGAGUUUGGAAACAGUUGGAAAAUAAACAACUCUAGUUGUGUCACCCCCUCUACCUUAUGCACUCUGCCUAACUGCUGUGAACAUAAUGAGACUACAAGCCAAUGUGAUAUUAUUAAAACUGUCUUUAAAGAAUGCCACACCAUGAUUGACCCCACAUCUUAUAUCAACUCCUGUGUACACGACACAUGUAAUAACAGAGGGCCAUGUGAUGCAAUAAAAGCAUAUUCAAGGGAUUGUAAGCAAGCUGGAGUUUGCAUUAAAUGGCAAAACAACAUGCUACAAUGUGCUUACAAAUGUGCUGCACCAAUGGUGUAUGAAGAGUGUGGUACUGUCUGUAAUAAGUCAUGCUCCUCGGUACAAAAUAGCGGCGAUACUUGUUCUGAAAAUGGGGGAUGCAAGUGCCCAGACAAAUACCUUUCGCACCAGGGUACUUGCAAAAUACCCACAAAUUGCACGUGUGCAACAUGCCCCCCUACACCACCACCCGUAUGUCCCAGUCCGUACCAGAAAUUAGUUAAACAGGAGGACUGUUGUGGAACUGUCAAGUGUGUGUGUCGACCAUGCCCACAACUACCAACAUGCCCAUUCAACCACAGUCCUAUAGACACAAUAUAUGACCCUACCUGUAAUUGCCCAGUUAGAAACUGUGUUCGAAAUUAUUGUCCAAAUGGAAAACCUGUUGGUUCUACAUGGAAAGUUAACAACUGCACAACUUGCAAAUGUGAAGAUGUAAAUUUGGUUACUUGCGGGAACAAAACCUGUCCUAGUUUUGAUACCAACUGUCCGAUAGAAUAUGUUGAAUGGGAUUCGGAACACUGUUGUAAAAAAUGCAAUGAGCCUAAAUUAGAAAAUUGCCAUGUCAAAAACGACACGGCCAUUUUAUCAGUUGAUGAUUGUGAAAGUGUAAUACCUGUUUCUAUAACAAACUGUUCUGGAAGAUGUACUUCAAACUCAAGAUAUGUCAAAAACAAGCUACAAGUGGAUUGCCAAUGUUGUACGCCAAAGCAAACCUUGCUGUUAAAUAUUCAAAUGAAAUGCACAAAUGGAACAACAUACACACACAAACAUACCCAAAUUACUUCAUGUAAAUGCUCCAGUAGUAAUUGUGAAACAAUGCUCUACUAAUUUGUUAAAAUAAUGUCAAAUUGGCAUAAAAGAAUGUAAAUUAAAAUUACAUUAUGCCCAGAAAAAGAUUAUUUAUAUUUUGCCAAAAUGUAAAUAAGUUGUUUUAUUUGCACUGUAUUUUUAUUGCAAUGAUUCGUAAUCAUGUGUACCACCAAAUAAAGGUCUUAGCGAAUAUA